AGGAGAGGGAGGAGGAGGAGAGGAGGGGCCUCCUCGAGCCCAGAAAAACGACAACGCGAGAAAAAUUAGUAUUUUUGCACUUCACAAAUUAAUGACCAUGAGUUCCUUUUUGAUAAACUCCAACUACAUCGAGCCCAAAUUCCCUCCUUGCGAGGAAUAUUCGCAGCUUGGCGGCAGCGGCGGAGGGAGCUCCUACCACCAGCAUCACCCCCACCACCACCAUCAUCAUCACCACCAUCACCCACAGCAGCAGCAGCAGCACCUGCGCCAGCAGCAGCACCACCACCACCAGGCUCACCCGGGACAACCUCUCCCUGAGUACUACCAGCGGCCGAGCAGAGAACCGGGAUACCCUCCUCCUCCUCCUCCUCCGCCGCCGCCGCCGCCGCCAUCGCCUCCUGCCGAGACGCUUUACCCCGCACAGCCACCCCAUUACCCAGCGUCGCCUUAUAGCUACAGCAGUCUCAGCGCUACCCCGGGCCAGGAGCAGCCGGUGGCUCCAGGAGCUUCGCCCCCUCCACCCCCUCCAGCACCGUNNNGUCCAACACGGAAGGGCCACCAUGGCCAGAGCCAGCCUUUGCUACCAGGCCACGUCCCGCCACCUCAGCAGCCCCCGCAGCAGCGCCAUUGCGAGGCAGCUGCGGGGGCUGCGGCUGGAGGGAGCCCGGGCUGCUCCCUUUUGCCUGACAAGAGUCUCAAAGGGAAGGAGCCGGUGGUGUACCCCUGGAUGAAGAAGAUCCACGUGAGCACGGUCAACCCCAAUUACAAUGGAGGGGAGCCCAAAAGGUCUCGGACUGCCUACACCAGACAGCAAGUCCUGGAGCUGGAGAAGGAGUUCCACUUUAACCGCUACCUGACCCGGCGGCGACGCAUCGAGAUCGCGCACACGCUCUGCCUCUCGGAACGCCAGGUGAAGAUCUGGUUCCAGAACAGGAGGAUGAAGUGGAAGAAGGACCACAAGCUGCCCAACACCAAGAUGCGCUCCUCCAACCCCUCCAGUCUGAACCAGCAAGCCAAAGCACCGGCCCAGCUUCAUCAACCGCCGCCGCCGCCACCACCAUCAAGAGGGAGGGCGACUCCCUAACUCGCCCGGACUAUGAUAGCCCAGUAUAUGCAGAGACACCACCAAUGAUACGCCCAUUUUUCGUUUGUCAGAGAGACAAAAAAGAAAAGCUAUUAAAGGAAAGAAAAGCUGAGCAAGAAUCAAAGCCCAAUAGAAGGGUCAAAGCCAAAAAAAGAGAAAAAAGAGUGGAGUUUAAAAAGAAAAGAAAAACACAAUGGACAAAGUGUUUCCCUUUUGUAAAUAUGUCUUCAUCCCCACCAUGUUUUUUAAUUAUUAUUGUUAUAAUCAUUAUUUAUGGAAAUACCAUCUAGAUGCAGCAUUAGAGUUGUGGACAGACCUUAUACGUAAGAGGGACUCUUUGUGUAUAUGUUUUAAGGUGUCAGGAUGUUUCUAUGUGACUUUGUGAGAUGUUUGUAAACCAUUGAUUUGUACCGUUCAGUGACCUGUUUCUGGACUCUGAACUACAGAGGGAUAAAAGUAAAGCCAUCUUAUUCCACUGAGGUCUUUUGGGUAUUAGGAGAGGAAACGCCCAGUGACCAGAGGCUCCCAGCACUGGCUGACCAAGAAAAAGCCAUUUUCUAUGUACAAAGGAGAAUGCAACUUCUAAAAAGUGUGGUCUUUGCUCCGGUUGUGAUAUGUUAAUCUCCCUCAAGUUCCACUUUCUCUUUGAAAAGAAAUAUAUACCAGUAUUGCUGAAAAGCCUGUCUCUGUUUCAUACCAUGCCACAGUCAAAACAUCUGUGUACAAUGUAUCAAUUUUGUGUAUACACAUUUGUGAAUGUGUGAUGUAAAUCUAAUGUCUGGUGCUGUUAAAUAAAGAAGGCUGUGUACAAAAAUCAAAGUAAAAGCACUAGACACACCACGAGAAGCUGGAAUUUGUCUAGCGCUUG